GUGCAUGCCAAGUCCUAUGGCCAUUUUGCACCCACCUGAGCAGCAUGAAAGGUUUUACAACUGUCAUUUCCUCAGGAGCUGACUCUGAGAGUUAGGACGAAAACAACCCCCAAAAAUCAUCAAAUUUAAUAUCCAAAAGAAUGAUGCAAGAUGAUGAAGAUUCACCAGAUAUUCCUGAUGAAGCCACCUUUAAAAAUUCAUUGAAGCUAUUUCAGAGAUUAGUUGACAGAACAGUGGUUCAAAAGAGGGAGGAAAGGAUAGGCCUGUAUGUAAAAGAUGACGAGGAAAUGGAUUAUGAUAAAUUCUACGCUGCAGUCCUAGAACUUUUUGGUACAGGUGUGAAAACGCAAGAUGUUAAAACCUUCUACAGGAAAAUUAGCAACAACCCAGAUGGGCGUACAGAAUGGUGUGAGAUAUUUGGCUAUUAUAUACUGGAGGGUGAUGUUCUUGGUUCCCAACUUGAUGAAGAAAAUAUGGUUUUCCUGGUAUCGAAAAAACAGCGGAUUACUAAAGCAGGGGUGAAGAGACAUGACGUAAUAAAAUGCAUGGUAAAGAUACCCCAGUUGGAUUUUGUAGUAACAGCAUCUCAGAAAGGAAUGUUGUCUAUUUUCUCCAGUCAGAUGAGAAUCCUGACAAGUACAAGCAUUCCAGACAGUUCCUGGAUCACUGGAUGCGAUUAUCUUAGUCAGCUGAAGCGUGUGGUUGCUGUAACAGAAAGAACUAUCAUCAUAUGGGAUUAUAAAACACAAGGAACUGCCAUGGAUAAUUGUUUUAUCAUCAAACCUAUGGAACACUGUCUCCUCUGUGUUUGUGCAGUUCAGCAACCGGCAGAACUCCUAGUGAAGGAUGAUGUCUUAUUGGGAGAUGAUGGAGGAUAUGUAAAUUUGUUUACCAUGACCAGUGACGAUUUUGGUCUAAAACAAUCUAAAUCUAAAAAGCAAAAACAAAUCAUGGUUCUAGAUUCUAAGAAAUUCAAAAACAUUAAACGGAAGCUGCACGAUGACUGGGUUGUAAAAGUAAAGUACUUUCCAGCCUUGAAUUGUUUUGGAUCCUGUUCCUUAGACAGUGUUCAUUCUUUAGUUUUGGAUGAUCUGAAAAGACUAGAAGACAACAUGCCUGUCAGGGAUUUUUCAGUACCAAAAGGAGUUAAUGCUUUCACAUAUUGUGGAAAAGCCAAUAUUGUUGUUACCGGUGGAGAUGAUAAAGUUCUUCGUUUGUGGCAUCCUAACAUUAACACCAAGCCAGUGGGGAAACUGUUGGGUCAUUUAUUUAGCAUCACAGAGAUAGUCACCAAUGAAAAGGAUCAGCACAUUAUUAGCCUCUGUACUGCAAAGAUUUUCAGAGUUUGGGAUAUCCAGACCCUUUCAGUACUGCAAGUCUUCCACGACUCCCAAGGGGGCCCCAGAGAAACACCAAUCUUUGCUAUGAUAUUUGACAAUAAUCAUGGCACACUGAUUGCAGGAUCAACUGUUAUUGACAUUUAUCCACUAACACGUAUGAUACAAGACACAAAACAGGUACCUCAAACACAUGAGAGGAGCAUCAACGUACUGGUUUACAAUAAAGUCUUUCAUCAAGUCCUUACUAUUUGUUCAGAAUCUAUUGUAAAGGUAUGGGAACUAGAAACAGGACAAGUAAUAUAUCAGAUCAAGGAUGCCCACGGACCUAGUGUGGAGGUGACAUGUGCAGCAAUCGAUAAAAAUGGAUUUCACCUUGCCACUGGAGCAUGUGAUGGGACUGUGAAAACAUGGGAUUUUGGAAGUGGCCAAGAACUUAAAAUAUUGCCUUUAGGCAAAGAAAUCAAGGAUAAUGAACACUGGCUGAUGCAGAUGGUUUACCUGAAGGCUAGUGGGAGUAAACAUGUGAUCUUGAUCUUGGAGUACAGUGGAACGAUCAAAAUUGUUCAGGGCAAUGAAGGCGAAUCUUUCCUUUCUGUUACUUGGGAGCUUCCUGAGGCUGUGUCACUUGCUCUACAAGAUAAUCCACUGAUAUCUCUAAAACUGACUCUCAAUGCUAAGAAAAAUAACGGAUUUUAUCCAGAUGUUGAGCUGUUGCCUGAUAAGGAACCUGUGACAUCAAAUCCAGAGAUUCCUUGUGGAAUAGAAGUGACCUGUUUUGAUUUGCUGAGAGUAGAAGGUUACAAUUUGUUAGCCACUGCAAGUACAAAUGGUGUAAUCAUGAUGUGGGAUUUUGAAUCUGCCACCACCAGAUACAUAUUCAAGGCUGGCCACGCUGUCCAGGUUGAGGGACCAGAAUUACUUAGAAUCAAUAGGUUGCUGUUCCUUUAUCGAAGUGCCCUCUCUGAGAGGCAGCUGAGUUUGUCUUCCACCUUCAGUUCUGAUCCUCAGAGUGAUGAGAGUCAUACACAGGAAGAAGGCAGCACUGUGGGCAUAAAGCUGGAAUGUGAUAAAAAUGAACAUGGUGGUACAACAAGUGUUUCAGGAUUGAGAUCAGGUUCUCUGAUCAUGGAAGAUAAAGCAAUUCCAUCCAGUCUUCUAGUUGCUGGAAGUGAAAAAGUAGAACCCAAGAAUAUACCCAUACUUGUUGUUGCUCAUGAAGAUGGUCGUAUUUAUCUCUGGACUAUCAUGGGAGAUCUACUAAGAGAAAUUUUGCCAUUCACAAAACAUCCUCCAAUUGCUGUAACAGCAUUAUGCACUGGAAUAUCUGCUAAAAUGCUGUUUGCUUCUAAUAAAGAGGGUCAUGUUAUCCGAUGGAAUGUUGGCUCAUUCUUAGAAGAUCCUCUUGAUGCCAACAAGCAUGUAAAGCAGCAGAUUUGCUGGCGAGCUCAUUCUCUCAAAAUAGUUGACCUGUUCUUUGAUGAAGAAAAAAACCUUGUAGUGACUGGUUCUAUUGAUAGUUCUGUCAGACUCUGGAAUUCCCACAGUGGCCACUACCUAGGUUACUUUGGUCAGCGCAGAUUGUUUGAAAUUUCUGAACCCACUGAUAUAAUUUUGCCCUGUGAUGUAAGUGAAAUGCCCUUCACAAUAAAAGAAGACAGCAAAUAUAUGGAGAAAAAGCAGAAAUUUGAAUAUCCUCUGGUCCUUGACAGGGAGAGAUGGAAGACUCUAACCAGAAGCUCUUUAAAUUUGAGAAAACCUGGGCCAUAUGAAGUUGAUCAGGAUUUCAAGUUUUUCAAAGCCCUGGCUUCUCCUAAGAUUCACAAACAGCCUCUGGAAAGUUUCAAACCUGGCAACAAAGAAACUGGUGCUGUAUUUGGUGCUAUACCUAUAUACAAGGUCUCAAGUCCUCAGAACCUGAAAACUCUUCCUGAAAAUCAAGAUGGCUCUAUGGAUAAUAUAAGGAAACGAAGCAAAAUAAUGUGCAGUUCACCCUCACGUCUCAGCGUUCGAAGAGGUGCAAAAUCCAGCCAGACACCAUUGGCAGUGCCUUCUUGCCCUGCUGCUCAAAGUGCAGAUACAAAAAACACAAAACAGAAUGAUAUGUUGCAGUGGACAUAAGUGAAAAUAAAACCUU